CGAGGGGCGUGAGAAGCCGGCAAACAUGGCGGCCCCCUGUUCCGUCGCUCUGUCUGUGGCUACUCUGACCGCCUUGGCGCUCUUGUCUCUCGGCAGCUCCGCCGUUAGUCACAUCGAGGAUCAAGCAGAACAAUUCUUUAGAAGUGGACAUACAAAUAACUGGGCUGUUUUGGUGUGCACAUCCCGAUUCUGGUUUAAUUACCGACAUGUUGCAAAUACUCUUUCUGUUUAUAGAAGCGUCAAGAGGCUAGGUAUUCCAGACAGUCACAUUGUCCUGAUGCUGGCUGAUGACAUGGCGUGCAAUGCUCGGAACCCCAAGCCAGCCACAGUGUUCAGCCACAAGAACAUGGAGCUCAAUGUGUAUGGAGACGACGUGGAGGUGGACUACAGAAGCUACGAGGUAACCGUGGAGAACUUUCUACGGGUAUUAACUGGGAGAGUUCCACCCAGCACCCCUCGUUCAAAACGUCUUCUUUCCGAUGACAGAAGCAAUAUCCUCAUUUAUAUGACAGGUCAUGGAGGAAAUGGUUUCUUGAAAUUCCAAGAUUCUGAAGAAAUCACCAACAUAGAACUUGCAGAUGCUUUUGAACAGAUGUGGCAGAAGAGACGCUAUAACGAGCUGCUGUUCAUUAUCGACACUUGCCAGGGCGCCUCCAUGUACGAGCGUUUUUACUCACCGAACAUCAUGGCCUUGGCUAGUAGCCAGGUGGGAGAGGACUCGCUGUCGCAUCAGCCAGACCCUGCGAUUGGGGUCCAUCUUAUGGAUAGGUACACGUUUUACGUCCUGGAAUUUUUGGAAGAGAUUAAUCCAGCUAGCCAGACUAACAUGAAUGACCUUUUUCAGGUAUGUCCCAAAAGUCUCUGCGUGUCUACCCCUGGGCAUCGCACUGACCUUUUCCAGCGAGAUCCUAAAAAUGUCCUGAUAACGGAUUUCUUUGGGAGUGUGCGCAAGGUGGAAAUCACGACAGAGAAGAUGAGUCUGCAGUGGGACUCACGAGUCGUGGACAGCAGUCCUGAGGAAGAUGAGAAGACUGAGGAGCUCACGGAACCUCUCAAGUAUGCCGAGCAGCUGCCGGUGGCUCAGAUAAUACACCAGAAACCGAAGCUGAAAGAUUGGCACCCUCCCGGAGGCUUCAUCCUGGGGCUGUGGGCCCUCAUCAUCAUGGUCUUCUUUAAGACCUAUGGGAUCAAGCAUAUGAAGUUCAUUUUUUAGACUCAAGGACGUAUGAAGAGGAAUGAAUGGAAGAUUGCAGCCUUGGAUCAAAACUUAGGUUUUUAUGUGUUUUUAAAUAUGUUCCUUUUGUGUAAAUUUGGUAAGAAAUUGAAAUUGUAAAUAUAGGAGAAUUGAAUUUUCAUGAACUUUUGACUUUAUAACUUAAUAUUGUUAACACACUUGUUUAUUGGCCACAGAGUGAGUGUGUGUGUGUGUGUGUGUGUGUGUGUGUGUGUGUGUUAUAGAAAACAGAGGACAGGGACAUUGGAACUCAUUGUUUAAUUCUUUUUACCUCCUCUCAUUGUAAAAGACAGAGUUGUGAAGGUGUUAAUUUCCACUAAAGGAAGUUGCUUCCGUUAGUA